AACAAAACGAAGAGGAAGACUGCGUAGAUAGAGAAGAAAUUACAUCAAGUUUUCCUAAACACGAAUAAAUUCGGAGUUGCAAUCUUUAUUUUACUAGUAUAUGGGUAACUUAAAGAGAUUGACAGAAAAAAACAGGCGGCUUAGACAGGAGAAGUGGCAGAAACGUUUCCAUCAACAAACUGAAGAUCUGUGCUUGGCAAUGCCUCAGCCCAGCAUUAGCGGAAUGGACCCUCUCUUUGGGGAUGCCUUUCAAAACUGCACAUUUGCUGACCAGGCACUGACCAGCACAGACCAGUUGGCCAACAGCUUUGACCCAGACUUCAUGUAUGAACCGGACAGGGAUAUUAAUUGUCGCCAGAGCCCAAGAGGAGACUUGGACAGCAUGGAUAAUCUACCUGAGCUGGCAGAUAAUGACCCAGCCUACAGUUCAAACUUUGAGCAGUGGGACACAUACUGGGAAGACUUGACCAAGUACACUCGUCUCACUAGUUGUGAUAUCUGGGGCACCAAGGAAGUAGAUUUCCUGGGCCUUGAUGAUUUCUCCAGCCCUUAUCAGGAUGAGGAGGUCAUAGGACAGACCCCCACCCUGGCCCAGCUCAACAGUGAGGACUCGCAGCCUGUUUGCGAAACUCUUUACCAUCCAGAUUUGUUGGUGGGUCAAAAGCAGCUUUUGCUUCCACCUUCUAACAUGGCCAAGAAGAGCAACAGACUCACAAACUCUACAACCAGCGCCUCAAUGAGUCGCAACCCUCUGCCAGACUUUGCCGAGGGAUCCCAGAAAGCCACCUGGCCUGUUCCCUCCAGCACUGAGACAAUGGCCAUGGCCCAGAUGCAGGGGCCUAGCAAAGCCCUGCCUGGGCUGGACAAUAUAGAUUAUGUACGCAAAGCCAAGGUUCGGAUCAGCGUACCACGCAAACCUUUCAUGGAGAGCUCUAUCCGGAAGGUUAGUGUUUCUGCAAUCUCCCCUCUAGUCCAGGAGCACGAGUCAACUGCUUCACUGGUCCAUGAGGACCUGGUCGCCACCACUAACUCAGCUUCCUCCGUCAGCUCCUUGGCUUCUGAAAAAAGACUGGAGACCCCUAAAAGAGUGGAACCCGCUGUCCCUGUCCCUGAGGUAGGGUCACCAAGGGAAGUGCCACCCAAAUUACACAUUCCUGCAGCUGUCGGCAGUGAAACCUUGCUCACCAUGAGUGCCCUUGGAGUCGACGCUUCUGCUGCUGACAAAAAGGAGGAGGAAGAGCACAACUACUCAUUCUUAAACAGGGCCAGGCUGGCAGGGAAAGCAACUGCUGACAUGGAAGAAGAGGAAGAUGAAGGGGAAGAUGAGGAAGAAGAGGAAGAAGAGGAGGCACUGGACCUUGAUGAUGAAGACCAUGAUGAAGGGUUCGGCAGUGAACGUGAGCUCUCUGAAAAUGACGAGGAAGAGGAUGAGGAUGAUGAGGACUAUGAGGGUGACAAAGACGAUUAUGUUAGCGAUGCAUUCUCAGAGCCAGGAUGUGAUACUGAUAUGGCAGAAGAUGUCAAAAGCCUUACGCCUGGGAUUUCCCGGAAAAGGGGUAAGCGUCGAUACUUUUGGGAGUACAGCGAGCAGCUGAUUCCAUGCAAACAAGAGCGCAUGCUCAAACCCUCCGAGUGGGAUAGAGACACUCUGCCCAGCAACAUGUACCAAAAGAAUGGCUUGCACCAUGGAAAAUACGCAUUGAAGAAAUCACGGCGGACUGAUGUGGAAGAUCUUACUCCAAACCCACGAAAGCUGCUCCAGAUUGGCAAUGAACUUCGGAAGCUCAAUAAAGUCAUUAGUGACCUGACGCCUGUUAGUGAGCUGCCCUUGACUGCUCGCCCUCGCUCUCGAAAGGAGAAGAAUAAGCUUGCAUCCAGGGCCUGCAGACUGAAGAAGAAAGCUCAGUAUGAGGCUAACAAGGUCAAGUUAUGGGGACUUGGCACUGAAUACGAUCGAUUGUUGUUUGUGAUCAAUGCAAUCAAAGAGGAAAUAGUCAACAGAGUUCAGGAUAUCUCACAUGACAAAGGAACAAGCAUGACCGAGAAGCUGGACAAACUCAUUGAGGAAACUCUAGUGCAGCCACCAGUGGCCACCCAGACUUCAGACUUCGUGAAUCAGAUCCUGGAUAACACUGGCAAAGGGGAUCCCACCGGAGGCCUGGUGGGGUUGCGUGUGCCAACAUCGAAGGUGUAGAGUCGGGCCGACCUCGGAGCACACACAAAGCCAUCUGCGCCAUUCUUGUCCAACACUGUAACGGCCCAAAUCUCUGCAUGUCCUUGUCACUUGGAGACGAAUCCUCUCAUGUUAAGUGAAUACAUGCAUACGAUAAUGCCCGAUUGUGUAUGCGUAUGCAUAUACUCACCUCUUGCACACCGAUGGAAAUGAAACUAGUAGUUAAGCUCUGCACUUAGUAAUCUGUUUCCUACCAUGUGUGGAUGUGGCUGGUAUCUCCAUCAACAGGCCGCCAUGUUGCAAAUAUGAAAGCCAAUAUACAACAUACCUCCAAAAAACGAGAGAGAAAACAAGCAAAAUGAUGAGCACCAGUUCUUGCUGUAGUCAUUUAUCUUUUGAGUUCAGCUAAAUCUCUCAAAUGCCCAUUAAAAGGGAUAGUUCGGCCAAAAAUGUGAACAUUGAAACCAAGAUUUUUCAUUUUUGGGUGAACUAUCCCUUUUAGAGUUGUAUAAAGCAGAGGCGAACUCUGCUGACAAAUAAUAGAGGCAUUUGAUUUAGCUGUCAAAAUAGGUGCAAAUGCAGACUUUGAGUUGUUUAACACGGCACGUACGAUUUCACCCUAGUUCGGCCUAGCUUUUUCACUUAUUAAACACUCAACCAAGGACAGAAGUGUCCAGGUGGAAUUCCUGUAAGGCUUUGUUUUUCCUACUGUUGUACCGAGGCAUUUUGUGGAUCAAUCUAGAUAGACCUUUACACGGCAACUAUAACAAUGGCGAGGCAAAUAAUGAAUUACGUAAAUAUCAAUGUUUAACCAAGAACAGCUUGUAUUUACUGAUGUUCUGUGUAUAUAAGUAGGACAUGGAUGAGUCAAGAGGGUAUUAGGUGCGGAAAUUGGCCUUGGGCACCCUUUUCCAUAGUCUUGUGAUUGUCUCAGGGUUGAGAGACAAAGAGAGAGCAGAUGGUCAGUUCAACCCCAUAUUGUAAAUAGACAGAAUAACUAGAUAACCAUAAGAAACCUUUUCCUUUAUAAGCUUUAGUCGAAGUGCCCUCGCAUCAAAUCACCCUUGAUGUUAUUUUGCAAAGAUUCAGUGAAAGGGGCUUAAAAUUGAUUCCUAGAUUGGGUUCUGUUUAUAUUUGUACUGUAUAAAAGUAAGAUUCAUUGUGCCUUGUAAUUGCAGAGUUAAUAAAACUCAAUCGAAAGCAAAUGGACCAUUUUGCAGAAGGCAAGAAGUCGAGUCAUUACAGGGGGAAGUCGCACUUGGGGGUUUGUAAUGUAUUUCAGCUCUUUAAAGAUACUCUGAAUGUACAUAGGAACAUGGAAAAAAUAGAAAUAUGCCACAGAGUCUGUGCUUUGUAUCAUAAGAUGGCUCUGACAAAUAUUUACUUUGGUUUUCGGUACUUCAUUUAAGAUGCGAGGAAAUAUUAUCUUAUAAAAUACAGAAAAAAGAAACAAGAUUUGCACACUAUAUUUUGAUUGUUUUGUUUUUGUACCAAAGACACAUGCAACUUAAAAUGGCAACUAGCCAGUCUAAGUAAGGUUUUGCACAGCUUACCUGACACCGUAUUGAAUGUAGGACAAAUGGUAGGGUCAGGGAUUUUUACCGAACUGUGAAAUUUGUUUGGGUCCAAUUCUCUUCAGAAAGAAGCAUUGAUUUGCAUCCUUGUAGAAUUUUGUACUGUUCUAGUGUUAUCAGAUAUCUUGCUUGGAAAAGUUAGUACCUAGUUAGUUCUGGCAGUUCAGUUUCCCCUCCACGAAGAUUUGUUGCAAAUUUAAAAAGUAAAUGAACUAUUAAGUUAAAGGAGAUGCUUCUUUUUUGCCCAUUUAAGACUUGAUCACAAACCAAACGGUGUACCAUUCUUUAAGUAGUUACAUUUGUAGAGGAGAAUGCAUAUAUGAAAUUGAGUCCUUGUCUUGUUUAUAAUUUGUAUACGCAUUUAUCCGUGUGCACAUCAAUAUUAAGAUAUGCCACGUUUUUAAAUUAUGUUACUUCGCAUGUAACAUUUAUAUGGUCUGUCUUCUUACUCUUACUUUUGAGUAUUCUUGAAAAACUGAAAGAGAAAAAGUUUAAUUCUGUAUAUUGUUGUUGAGAUUGCCUUAAUCUUUCCAUUCUGCGUUGUCCGUAGGAAUAAGAAGAUUUUUGAGAGCACUUACCCUUCAAAGAAAAUUCUUUGUUGUUUAAAGAGGAAUGGUCAGUUCAAAUUCUCAUCCCAAAAAGUUUUUAUUACGAAAAUGAAAUACAGUUAUAGCCCCAAAACUUAAAGUUAGUGGGGAGUUACUUUCGCAGGUAACAAGUGUAAACAUCUUGAAGGGAUAGCUUUACCUUGUCGACAUAUUUUUCUGGCUGCUGCGAUGACUUGGGUCAUUCUGAAAAAUCUCCUAUUGGUGCAGUUGUAUAGUUUGCUAAAUGUGUGUUAAAGUGACUUUAUUCUUGAUCCUGAAAUUUGUUCCAAUAUCAUUUUUGAUUAAAGAAGGGAGGAUAUUUUUUCCUUUAACAUCAAAAGAGUUUUGUAAAGAUAUUUUUCUUUAUUUGCUUUUGGUAGCAUAGUAAAGAUCCUAUAUACCGUCCAAUGUGUAGUUAUUUCAGUUGUUG